ACCAAUAAAUCGGAGCAAAGAGGAAGACGGUCGCAACCGGGGACCCCACGCAAACCUAGAAACGCCCAAUUUCCAGAUUGUGAUCGCCAUGGCCGCCACGGGAUGGGCGGACCUCCAGCCGGAGCUCCUCAGGAUCGUCACGGGCGGCAUCACCGAGCUCGCCGACAUCGCCCGCUUCCGCUCCGUCUGCACCACCUGGCGCGACGCGUCGGUGGAGGCCGCGGCCGCGCCCCCGCCGCAGCCCCCGUGGCUCGUCCUCCCUUCCUCCCCGUCGCGGCUCUUCUUCUGCCCCAGGGAGGACCGCCUCUACCCGGACCUCCGGCUGCCUGUCCCCGCCCACCACCGCCGCCGCCGCCUCUACGCCUCCCCGCACGGCUGGAUCCUCGCCAUCGACCCCACCGAUCUCGCGGCGUCCCUCCUCCACCCCUUCACGGGCGCCGCCCGCCCACUUCCGCCGCUCCCCGGCUUCUUCGCCGAGACCGAUGACCUGGCCUGGGACAUGUCGCCGCACGGGGUCAUGGUGUCCUGCGGCGAGGGCGUCCUGUUCUGCGCCCUCGACCCUAUCGCCGAAUCCUGGGCGCCGAUCCCCGCCAUGGCCGACUGCAACGUCAGCAGCAUCAACUACGCCCUUGGCGAUUUCUUCGUCUUCGAGGAGGACGUGUGCCGCACCACCAUUGUCGACGCCAUCACCCUCGCCGUCCAGGCCGUCGUCCCGGCGCCCCAUGUCGAUCUCCCUACCGAGGCGCGCGUCGUGGUCGCUGGUGACGAGCUCAUCCUUCUCGUCAAGUCCAAGUGGAUGUACAUUUUUGGUGACGAUGUGGACUUCACCAAGGCAUUCCACGUGAGCCACAGAACCCCCGGUGCAGACUGGGAGGAGCUCACUAGCAUCGGCGAGCGGGCACUGUUUGUCGAUUCCUUCCACGGGUUCGUUGUUGGGACGGCUGGAUUCAGGAAUCUUGAGAGCAACACAGUCUACUCGGUGGACACCAAGGAGGUGAAUGACAGGCGUUCCAGCACGGUGAAGUACAGUUUGUCAGCGUUCAGUCUGGAGAGCCGGUGCUCUAAGAAGCUUGCCUGUCAGCUGAACAAGCUCAAGAUGUCUCAGCGCGGGGAGGCGCCGUCGUGGAUCAUACCGAGCCUUAAUGAAGACUGAGUGAAGUCCGUGAAAUCGAAGGUCCUGGUUCUUGUUCGACAGUGAAGAAUCAGUGAUAGUAUCCGUCUCCGUGUAAAUUACUAAAUUAUCAGAUGAACUUACACUUGCGUUUGCUCUGUAGGGAAGCUCUCAUGUGCGCAUGUUUUUCUUUGGUACAUCGUUAUGUCGUUUAAACACACUCAGAUUUUGAUCACUUAAUCAGCACGAAGCUGAUGUAUCUGUUGUCAAAUUUCAAGUUUCAGUCAGUACUCGAGACGAAUAAAGGUUUGGAAAUAUUAAUGUA